CAGUAACUACACUUUGUUUUUUGGAAACCAACACAAAAUCACGGGACUGAUAAUGGGUUUUGUCCUCUUCCUUUUCUUCCCCCAGUACUGCUCUUUAUGAGAAUCUUCCUUUAAGGGGUUUUGGUUACUUUUACAUACAGAGGGUUCACGAGAGUACUCCAAUCAUCCCAGCACCAACUCAUCCACAAGUUCAAAAAAGGAAAGGGGGAUAAGGAGAGAGAUUGGAUUUGUAUCAUUGUAUAUAUAUAUAGUCUUUCUUAGUAUUCUUACACAUUUGUCUUCAAGAAGAAGAAGAAAGAAAUGCAGGAGUCUGAGUCACCUGCCCAUGCAAUUUCAGAAGCUGAAUCUGAAGACACCGUUGAUCAGUUCCAUGAGUCUCUCCAAGAGCUUAGACAGUUGCGUUCCCAGCUUCAUAAAGCUGCGGAUUACUGCGAAACAACUUUCUUGAAUACCAAACAAAAGAAAGUUCUUGUGGAAAACACAAAAGAGUACAUAUGCAGGGCUGUAGUGACGGUAGUUGAUCAUCUUGGAUGUGUCUCAAAUAAUCUGGAUUACCUGCUGUUUAAGAACAAUUCAUCCUCGGAAAUCGAGGUCCGAAUCGGCUGCUUGAAGCAAAGGCUUCUUACAUGCCAACAAUAUGUUCACAAGCUUGCUCUAACCCAAGUGCGAUGGAACCCGAAUUUGCCGAGAUAUAGCCAUCGCUACAUAUCACCACCUCUGCCAGAUGUUGAGAGGUCAAAUGGAGGUUUAAGGGAAUCUUAUCAGACAGCUGCUGCUAAAACCACAAAGAAGCAAGAAUUUAAGGCAGAGGGGGUACCACUCUUCUUGUACACAAGCGCCCACAAGCCAUCUCUAGCUAGAAAAUCACCACCAGAGACUGAUGCCAAGAAAACAGAUCAUACCAAUUCAACUUCAGUAUUGCCUGUUCGUGAAGGCCUACCCAUUCUAUCAAAGCAGCAAAAUCCUCCUUUUCAUUUCCAGUUAAAUCACAAGCUCAGACGAAAAAAGCUAAAAUUAGUGCGGAACAAUGACAUCCUGUCACUCAUCCGACGCGGCAAACGAGCUGCUGAAUUGCUUAAAGGACUCCAUUUAGAUCAUUAGAUUUUCUCUUCAUAAAGAAUUUUCUUUGCUUUUUGGGAGGUUGAGGGUGCUUCUGCCUUUGUAUGUUAUGAAUUGAUGUUUGGGUGUAGAAUGAAGUUCAGUAUCAAUUUUAUGUGA